UUCAUUGGCCAUUUCAACCACACAAAGCCAAUCGCCUUCCCUUCUUUUGCCCUUUAUUAAACCUUAAGUUUCCCCAGUAAGUACCUAUCUAUAUUAGCCAUGGCCUUCAGGUCACUCUCAGCAGCGAGCACAGGCACUGCUGCCCAGCAGCUGAUCAGGAGUGACCGAAGCAUGUUUGCACUGUCUGAUGAAAAUUCAAUGAUGAAACAAAUUCAGGCAACUCAUGCUCCUGAUGGUCGUGAGUUUGAUGUUAGGCCUCUUCUCAAUAUCGUUGCAGACAUCCUCAGUCGUGCCAAUAUCCCUCAUGCUGACACCGCUUUGACGGCUUCUCAAACUCAUGCAGAAAUGGAAGAUAAGAAUCGUCAAGCCAAUUUUAUUGCCAUGCUUGAAGCACUCGCUCACGUUAUUGACAGAAUUGCUUGCGAGAUUUCGUACAAGGCUCUAAGUGGGUCAGACCCACAUGCCACAACUAUGUCGUUACUCAACAUGUUGUCAAGCUAUAACUGGGAUGCUAAGUUGGUGCUGACCAUGUCAGCUUUUGCACUGAACUAUGGAGAAUUCUGGCUUCUUGCCCAGAUUUACUCAUCAAAUCCACUUGCCAAAUCAAUGGCAACCCUCAAGCAGCUACCUUACAUCCUGGAACACACAGUCCCACUGAAGCCUAGAUUCGAUGCACUUAACAAGCUGAUCGGGGUCAUGAUGGAUGUGACUAAUUGCGUUGUUGAGCUCAGGGAAUUACCAACUGCUUACAUUUCAGCUGAAACCGGGGCAUUGACUACAGCUAUUGCCCACGUCCCUACUGCUGCCUAUUGGACCAUAAGGAGCAUUUUGGCUUGCGCUAGUCAGAUUACUAGUCUCACCACCUUGGGACAUGAGUUUGCCACUACUGAGGUAUGGGAGCUAUCCACCUUGGCCCAUAAACUCCAAAAUAUAGAUGAUCAUCUAAGGAAGCAGCUGUCACUUUGCCACCAACACAUAGACGAAAGGAGGAAUGUCGAAUCCUAUCAAAUGCUUCUGAAUCUUUUUGAUAUGAUCCACAUUGACAACAUGAAGAUCCUCAAGGCCCUGAUUUAUCCCAAGGAUGAUAUCCAGCCACUUGUUGAUGGCUCUACCAAGAGAAGGGUUAACAUUGACGUGCUGAGGAGGAAGAAUGUAUUAUUGCUCAUUUCGGGCCUAAACAUUUCCCACGAUCAGCUAUCAAUUCUUGAACAAAUCUAUAACGAGUCAAGAAUACACGCCACCAGGAUGGACAGUCAUCAGUAUGAGGUGGUCUGGAUCCCAGUUGUGGAUCGUACAGUGCAAUGGACUGAUCCUAUGCAGAAGCAGUUUGAGGCCUUGCAGGCAACAAUGCCGUGGUACACGGUCUACAGCCCAACACUGAUUGAUAAAGUGGUCAUCAGAUUCAUUAAGGAAGUGUGGCACUUUAGGAACAAGCCUAUCCUGGUUGUGCUUGACCCUCAGGGAAAAGUGGCAUGCCCUAAUGCACUGCACAUGAUGUGGAUUUGGGGAAGCACUGCCUUCCCUUUCACUACCUUCAGAGAGGAGUCUCUAUGGAGGGAAGAGACAUGGAGACUUGAGCUUCUUGUUGAUGGCAUUGACUCAACAAUUCUCACCUGGAUUAAAGAAGAAAAGUACAUUCUCUUGUAUGGAGGGGAUGAUGUUGAGUGGGUGAGGAAGUUCACAAACACUGCGAGGGCAGUGUCACAGGCAGCACGCAUACCAUUAGAGAUGGUUUAUGCAGGGAAGAGCAGCAAGAGAGAUAAAGUGCAAAGCAUCAUAGCCGCAAUCCCUGUGGAGAAACUUAGCCAGUACUGGGAUCCUACAAUGAUAUGGUUCUUCUGGACAAGAGUAGAAAGCAUGCUAUUCUCCAAGAUCCAACUAGGCAAGAUUGACGAAACUGAUCCGAUGAUGCAAGAAAUUAAGAAAUUGCUUAGCUACGACAAAGAAGGUGGGUGGGCAGUUCUUAGCAGAGGAUCGAACGUUGUUGUGAAUGGAUAUAGCAGCACAAUGUUGCUUACAAUGAUAGAGUAUGAUCUAUGGAAGGACAAGGUGCCUGUUAACGGAUUUGAUUUGUCAUUCAAAGAGCACCACAACAAGCUUCACGAUCUUGCUCAUCCUUGCUGCCGACUCGAGUUUCAUAGCACCACUGGCAGGAUUCCUGAGCGCCUGAAAUGCCCCGAGUGUCUCCGCAGCAUGGAGAAGUACAUCACUUUCCGUUGCUGCCAUGAGGAAGAAGCUGCAGAGAUACUAUAUUAAGAGUACUUACAUACAUAUAUGUCUGCAUUCAAUCUCUAUAGCAAUAUUACUGUUAAAUAAUGAUGUUUGUAGUACUUACGUGUGUACCCUUAAAUUAAUUUCUUUCCACCUUUCAUUUAAUAUGAAGCCAAUUGCCGCCAUGGCAGGCUUAAGUUGACAUUUGAAGCCUUCAAUAAGAUUCAUUCAGAGUGUGUGAUGUAAUCUACAAUCAGUUUAUGGAUUAAUUUGAAGUGCACUUUUUUUUGUUUUGUUUAAA